GGGGCAGCUUUGAUUAAUCGUUAGCCAUUGUCCAAUUUAAAUACAUACAAGUCCUCUGGGAACAGAACUGUUCUGUACACAUUGCUGGCCCGUCGACAUUCACUCGAUUCGAAAGAAUAAGCAUCAACCACUCCGCAUACCAGAUCCCCCAAGCUCACCGUUACCGCCGCCGCCAUGUCGCGGAGACCCGCUGGGCCCGACAGGACGAUGCAGAACCAGCAGACGUUGAAGAGCUUGGUCAAAUUGGAAGGCAACAAGAGCUGUGCAGACUGCAAGAGGAACAAGCACCCGAGAUGGGCUAGUUGGAACUUGGGCAUCUUCAUUUGUAUUCGAUGCUCUGGUAUCCAUCGUGGUAUGGGCACACACAUCAGUAGAGUCAAAUCCGUCGACCUUGACUCUUGGACCGAUGAGCAGCUUCAGAGCAUGUUGAAAUGGGGCAACACCAGAGCCAACAAGUACUGGGAAGCAAAGCUUGCGCCGGGUCAUGUCCCCGCCGAAGCCAAGAUCGAGAACUUCAUCCGCACCAAGUACGACUCCAAGAGAUGGACAAUGGACGGCCCCAUCCCCGACCCUUCCACUCUGGGAAGUGAGGGGGGAGACGAAGACGUGCCUCUCAGCGUAGUUCAAGAGAAGGCAAAGCUUGAUCGAUCUGCAUCUCUCAGAAACGCAUCUAUGAGCAGUGGACCGGUUGCUCCUCCUGCAGCUCCCAGAGCAGUCGCUCCAGUUAUUGAUCUCUUUGGUGACGACCCGACUCCAGCUCGCGCCAGCACCGCCGAACCUUCGAUUGCUUCAAGACCGCCGCCGCAACAACAAAAGGCUCCUGCCGCACCUCCUAAACAGAAUCGCCCAGGUGAUUCACUGCUCGGUCUUGACUUCUUUGGGACCAGCCAGUCCGCGCCUCCAGCACGUCCUGCUAGCGCCGCUUCCAGCGCUGCCACCCUUGGAAGCAACCCGCGAUCAGAUCUGAAGCAGUCAAUCUUGUCUCUCUACGCAUCCGCACCCAAACCUGCUCCAGUGCAGCAACCUCAAUCUUCUUCGAAUGCCUUCGGUGGCUUUGCUUCCGCACCAAUGCAAUUUCCUGCCGCUUCGACAUCGUCCUUUGGUGGUAUGGCUGAUGCGUUUGGCGGCCUGAACUUUGGAGGCCCGUCUGCUCCCCAACAACAGCAACAACCUAAGCCUUCUGCUUUCUCGAACUUGGCCUCUCCAGUAGCACGAACGAGCUCCCUGAGCGGCGGCAGCUUUUUCGAUGCAAAGCCUGCUCCCCCGCCCAAGCCUACCGCUGCACCUACGUCUAAACCCCAGCCAGCGCGUAUGUCCAGUGGAUUUGGCGAUUUUGGUGACUUCACAUCUGCAGCUUCCCCUGCACCUCUACCAACAUCCACGAGAUCGCCGGUUCCCGCAAGUUCUGGCAUGGGUGACUUGUUUGACAUGGGUGCUCCCGCACCUUCCAAGCCUGCGCCUUCAUCUUCUUCAUCAGCUUUCAACCUGUCGGCCCCGGUCCCGCCGCCAAAGCCUGCACCUGCACCAGCUAUGAGUGGCCUCGAUAACAUGGACGCCUGGGGCUCGAGCAACGCUUGGAGUACCCCUGAGCAAGCAGCACCUGCACCUGCACCGCCCACUACCUCAUACAAAGCGCCUGCGACGACCAGUGUGUCCAACGAUGAUGACUUUGGUGGUUGGGGAAGCAACGAGGGCACUACUUCUAGCAAGCCUACUGUCUCUCAAGACGACGACUUUGGCGGCUGGAGCAGUGCACCUGCACCUACCACCACUACAUCCAGUAACAAAGCUCCUGCCGCAGACGAUCUCUUUGGGAACGUGUGGGGUUAGACGGUCACAUUUAGGAGGACACAAACAGCGUUGAAGACCUUGAGCACAGACGCCCUUCUGCCUAACUCACAAUAUCAAAACAUCCAUGAGGAACUUUCG